AUGGCACCCGCGCCGCUACUCGAGCGCAAUGACACGCCUGACAACACCGAUUUCAAACCUCCGCCAGGAGUCAUUCUUCCGCCCAAGGAGUUCAGAACAUUACUAGAAAAGACCGCCGGCUACAUCGUUCGCAAUGGUCCCGCCUUUGAAGCACGUAUCCGCGACAGCGCAGAAGGCAAUCCGAAGCUUCAAUUCGUCCUUCCUGACAACCCAUACCACCCAUUCUACCUGUGGCGACUAGAGGAGAUUAAAGACGGAAGAGGAACGGACGUCGCCGCUGGCCGCGAAGGAGAUGUCGCUGCUCCAAAGAAGAAGCAAGGUCCUGCACCUCCUCCAGACUUCCACUUCUCGGCGCGCAUGCCUAAUAUCAGUUCUGUCGAUCUCGAGGUCAUCAAACUGACCGCCAUGUUCGUCGCCAAAAACGGUCGCUCCUGGAUGACUACUCUGUCGCAACGCGAGGCCAGGAAUCCUCAAUUUGACUUCCUUCGCCCUCAGCACAGUUUCCAUCAGUUCUUCUCGCGUCUAGUAGAUCAGUACACCGAAAUCCUCAACACUCAGGGACAGCAGCAACAAGACGUCAUCGCCGAGUUGGAGAAGAACAUCGACAAUAAGUAUCGCGUCUUAGAGAGCGCCAAGAAGCGCGCCGAGUGGGUCAAGUACCAGGAAGCACAGAAGGUCAAGAAAGAGNNGGAGGAGCAAGAAGCAGAAAAGCUCGCAUAUGCUCAGAUCGACUGGCACGACUUUGUUGUCGUCGAGACCAUCCUGUUUACCGAAGCAGACGACCAGACAGAACUUCCUCCACCCACGUCGUUGAACGAUAUCCAAUCCGCAUCGCUCGAGCAAAAGGCACAAAUGAGCCUGGCGCCCUCAGGCAUGCGCAUCGAAGAAGCUAUGCCAGGUCAAGAAACCUACUACCAACCACCACCCUCUCAGAUGCCUCCUCCCAGUGCAUACUCGCCCGCUCCUCCCGCCUUCUCUCCCGCUCAGCAAACUGGCUUUGCACCACCGCCACGUACAGCACAGGAACAAGAAGAAGAUGCUCGUAUCGCUGAAAGAGCCGCCGAACGCCAACGUGCCGAGCAGGCUCAGGCUGCUGCGAGAGGUCAAGGUCCUAUGCGCAUUCGUAACGACUACGUUCCUCGUGCACAGGCCCGUAGGCAGAAUGCGGCCACUGCUCUCUGCCCUAACUGCAAGCAACAAAUUCCGUUCAACGAACUCGAGCAACACAUGAAGAGUACGUGUCAUGAUUCACCCUUUUGCGCCCUUGUACUAACAUCCCAUNNAGUUGAAAUGCUUGACCCAAGAUGGCGUGAGCAGUCUCGCAUUGCUGCUCAGCGCUCUAGUACCACCAACUUGUCGACUGCAGACGUCGCCAACAACCUCAAACGUUUGGCUUCGCAGCGCAGUGAUGUCUUCGAUCCUGUCACUGGCCAGGCUGUCAGUGAUGAAGAAGCUCAGAGGCGCAAGAGAAUCGAGCUCAGCAGCUAUGAUGGCGUCAACCCAUCUCAAUCUGCUGCUCCCGGCGCACCAGGUAGCCAGUCUACAGAUGUACAGGAGCAGGUGAGUACACGCAUCUAG